AUUAAUUAAGGUUGAAAUGUUAAGCAAAUUAGUAAGAAUUUCUCGUUUUAGACCUAUUUUUACAUUUUGUAAUUAGAAGCCACCAUAAGGUAAUCAUAAUAAUGAAGAAAGGGUUUGAAAAAUUCUAGAGAAGACCUAAGUAAUAAUAAGCACCUUAGGAAUAAAAAAUCUAAAAUCCUGAAGAAGAAAAAAUAGAAGAAAAAAAGGAAGAAAAUAUUCAAGAAAAUUAGUAAACAAAAAAAUAAGAAGAGAAGAUAUAAAGAGAAAGACCAGAAGAGCCUUAAUUUGAAUAACCUAAAUAAGAAUAAUAAUAAAAAACAAAUGAGCGAUAUUAAUAAGAAUAAUUUUAAUUUUCAAAGAGAGAGAAUUCAAAUAAUGUAGGAUAGAAACCAAAAUAGACAGGGCCAUCAUAAGAUGUAUAUAAUUAAUUUAUAAAAUAGCCAAAUGAUCCAUUUAAGUAAUAUUUAUUUAUGUUUUUGGCAUCUGCUCCUCUUGUAUAUUUAUUAUAUAAAGUUUAUGAAGAAGGAGAAAACCAUAUAUCUUUUAAUGAGUUUUAAAGAAAUUAUUUGGAAAAAUAAUUAGUUCAUUCGAUUCAAAUAUAAAGAACGAAUGGGGAAAUGAUAGCAACAAUAUACACAGUAGAAGGAAAGAAAAAAUUAAAAAUAAUGGAUUUAGAUUAUUUUCUUUAAAAAUUAGAUGAUUUGAGAAAAGAAAAUAAAUAUGAAUAAACUUUACCAAUAAAUUUUUAGAAUUAAGAUGAAGCUUAAGAAACAACUGCAAAUAUAACAAAAUAUGCAUAAAUAUUAUUUUAUGGAGGAAUAUUCUUUAUAUUAUUUUAAUUUUAUAAAAAGAUGUCAAAAAGUUUAACAGGAAUGGCAGGUGAUAUGAUGAGUGGUAUGACAAAAAUGAAAUCUAAAUAAUUUGAAUAGAAAAUAAAAAUAAAGUUUAAAGAUGUGGCAGGUUAAGAUGAAGCAAAAGGAGAAAUAAGAGAAUUUGUAGAUUUUUUAAAAGCACCAAAAAAAUAUAAAAAAUUAGGAGCUAGAAUUCCAAGAGGUGCAUUAUUAACAGGUCCUCCUGGAACUGGUAAAACUUUGUUAGCUAAAGCAUGUGCUGGUGAGGCAGGAGUACCUUUUUUUUAUGUUAGUGGAUCAGAAUUUGUUGAAAUGUAUGUUGGAUUAGGAGCAGCUAGAGUUCGUGAACUUUUUAAAUAAGCUAAAUCAAAAGCACCUAGUAUAGUUUUUAUAGAUGAAAUUGAUGCAGUUGGGAAGAAAAGGAAUUCAAAAGGAUCAAGAAAUGAAGAAAGGGAUAAUACAUUAAAUUAAUUAUUAGUAGAAAUGGAUGGUUUUGGAACUGAUAGUACUGUUGUUGUAUUAGCUGCAACAAAUAUGAGAGAUUCAUUAGAUCCAGCUUUGACUAGACCUGGUAGAUUUGAUAGAAGUAUUGAAAUUACAUUACCAGACAUUAAUGGAAGAAAAGAAAUAUUCUUAGUACAUCUUAAGCCAAUUAAAUUAGAUCCUUCUAAAACUAUAGAAGAAUAUGCUAAAAGGUAAUAUUCUUUAUAAUAAAUAUUAGAUUAGCCACACUCACACCUGGAUUUUCAGGAGCUGAAAUAGCAAAUUUAUGUAAUGAAGCUGCAAUUUUAGCUGCUAGAUAAAAUAGUAUAUAUGUUUAAUCAACUCAUUUUGAAUAAGCAUCUGAAAGAGUAAUGGCUGGAUUAGAAAAGAAAAAGUUUAUGAGUGAAGAAGAAAGAAAAGUUGUUGCAUUUCAUGAAAGUGGUCAUGCUGUAGUAAGUUGGUUUUUAGCUGGAGGAGAUCCUUUAUUGAAAGUAUUUUCUAUUAUCAUUUAUUUAGUUAACUAUUAUUCCCAGAUCUAAAGGAUCUUUAGGUUAUGCAUAAUAUUUACCUAAUGAAAGUAAUCUAUAAACAAUGGAAGAAUUGAAAGAUAAAAUUUGUUGUGUAUUAGGAGGUAGAGUCUCAGAAAAAUAUUUCUUUUAAUCCAUUACAACUGGAGCUAGUGAUGAUUUAAAAAGAGCUUAUGAUUAUGCUAAUGCUAUUAUUACUAAAUUUGGUAUGAAUGAAACUAUUGGAUAAAUUGGUUAUUAAGAAGAUUAAUAUUCAAAGGAUUACAGUGAUAAAACUAAUGAAGUAAUUAUUAAAUUAUAUCUCCUAGAUUAUUGAUCAAGAGAUGCAAAAACUUAUUUAAUAAUGUACUUAAAGAACUGAACAAUUAAUCUAAAAAUAUGAAGAUAAAAUUAAGGCACUAGCUGAAUUACUUUUAGAAAAAGAGUCAUUAGAUUUAUAAUAGAUCAUCAAUUUAUUGGGAGAAAGACCUUUCCCUCCUAAAUCAAAUUAUAAGGCUUAUCUUGAUUUAAAGAAAGUUGAACAAGCUGAAAUUAAAAAUGAAGAAUUAAAAGAACAAAAUUAGGAUUCCCAAGACGAUCAUUAAUCAUAAUAAAAUCCUCCAGAUUAAAAUGAAUAAGCUAAUACUGCCAAUCCAAAGGAGUGA